AUGGGCUCUCGGCCGCGCGGGGAGCUGAGCCUACUGCUCCUGCUGCUGGCUGCGCCCGGCCACCCGGCCGUGGGCUGCCCCGCGCCGUGUAGCUGCGCAGGGACACAGGUGGACUGCGGGCGCCGCGGGCUUACGUGGGCCUCGCUGCCGGCCGCCUUCCCGCUCGACACCACGGAAUUGGUGCUGACCGGCAACAACCUGACGGCGCUGCCGCCUGGGCUGCUGGAUGCACUGCCCGUGCUGCGCACCGCUCACCUGGGCGCCAACCCCUGGCGCUGCGACUGCCACCUGCUGCCGCUGCGCGCCUGGCUGGCCGGCCGGCCCGAGCGCGAGCUCUACCGCGACCUGCGCUGCGCCGCGCCCCCCGAGCUUCGCGGCCGCGUGCUGCCCUAUUUGGCCGAGGAGGAGCUGCGGGCCGUCUGCGCGCCAGGCCCGCUCUGCUGGGGGGCGCUGGCGGCGCAGCUCGCGUUGUUCGUUCUCGGGCUGCUCCACGCGCUGCUGCUGGCGCUGCUACUGGGCCGCCUGCGGAGGUUGCGCGACCACAGGCGAGCUCGCGCUGCGCACGAGUUGUCGCUGACCGCUCCGCUGGUGGACCAGCCCGACAGCGCCGGUGCUUCCUAAGAAGGGACUGACGCUGAGCAACGACGCCCUGCAAACUCUACCGACCCCUACCGGAAGAGCCCUCGCCCUAACCUGGAUCCGCCUUCUCUUCCUCCUCCUCCCCAGCCCCAAAUCCCACCCACCCCCAGCCCCGGCUGGACAGGCCCAGAUCCACGUGGUAACGCAAGCGCUCUAAGCACUACGAGAGUGAGACGCCCCAUGCCCUCCACACCUAGGGAGGUGGAGGAGCCAGGCUCGACAUUGCGAAAAUUCCCCUCUCGCCCCUCAACGGUGCUGAAUAAACCUUCUCCUCCUCA